AUGUCGUCGGUAUUGCGACGUAACGGUCCAAUCAUUCCAAUCAUGGACUCCCCCCAGCAAUUCCAUCGCGUCGACACAGCCUUGCCGUUGCUCAAGCGCAACACACCAACGGUCCCAGUGUUCCUCUCAGACACUCAACUUCCGGUACGCCUUAAUCAAGUUGUACGCAUUGACCAAGAUGAUUCGGUCAUGACAGCGCUCGAGAUGUUUUGUCCGGAGUACGGUGUCUCCAUGGCGCUACGUUCACGUCUCCAGAUCACACACCUUGAGAACUUCCCAACAAGAUUCCCCAUGACACGUCAAUUCUCUGAGGCAUCCAAGAAGCUGUAUGGAAAUCUCACCAUGAGUUGGGACUCUAUCGGCAUGCGAGUUGAUUAUCCCAUCCCUAAGGAUAUCAUGAUCCCUGACGGAGAUAUUAACUUCAUUGGUCUGAUGGCAAAUCCCAAGAUCAAUUUUCGCUCCUUUGCAGAGGAACUGACCAACCUCAACAUCGGCAAAAUUGUCACCAAACAAGUCACUGAAGCUGCUUGGGUUCACUUCCUCCUGCGAAAGUUCAAGGCCUUGUUAGCCGAUCAACAAGCCCUUCAACGUGGUGUUGGUAUCGUCACGCAACUUGUCGCCUUGAAGUCCGAGCAGGACGUUUCCGACAUGGCAAAGGUUCACUUGAAUUGUCUGCUCAACGAAGUCGAGUCCCGUGACGCUGCAGUAUACUGGAACGAUGCAUCGGAUUCUAACCCAGAGUUGGAUACCAAAGAUUUUGAUAUUCUUGCCUACCAAGACAAGAUUGAUGAAGAAGAUUCUACUUGUCAAAUGUUGACUCCUGAGCGCUUUUUCAAAGAAUAUCCCAGUCUGUUGGUUGAGAAUGUUGAGGAUGUUGAGAAACUGCUUGUUGGUGGGCAAUAG